UGAAACAGUUGGAAUCGAGAUAAAAUAUGGUAACAAGGUAUAUAAUGAGCACAAUAGUACGUUGAAAAUCAGUUGCAGUUAAUUUUUGUAACAACAACAUAUCAACAGAAGCAACGGAAUGAAAUCAAAAAUCGUAUUGUUGGUUGCUUUGUGUGUAGCUUGUGCCAUUGCGCAAGUGGAAGUCGAUGCGGACUUUUCUUCCGAAAAUGUUCCAUCCAUUGAUACGACUGACGAUGGUCCAGUUUCGGAUGUAGCAGCAGUUGCCAAUGACGCUGCGUCUAACAAUGACGAGGAUGCGCCAAGUGCAAAUUAUGCAGUAGAUGAAAAUGAAGGAGAAAAUGGAAAUGAGGAGGCAACUGUGAGUGAUGAUGAAGUCGAGUCGAACCCAGAAGCCACACCUGAACCACAAGAAAACACAAAUACCGAAACAGGACCUUCUGAUGCUGAAAAUCAGGAGAAUGAAGAGAAUGCAACGCCAAGUGAUAAUUCCGAUGCGCAAAACAAUGGUGAAGAUGUAGCAGACGUAACCACCAGUGCUUCAUCGGUUGAUGGCAGUGAUUCAAGUGUAGAUAAUGCUUCCGAAACCGAUUCAAAUUCAUCAACAGAAAGCACAGAUGAUUCAACCACAACAAACGCACCUGAAUCAGCCACCGAUGAACCAGCAGCUCCAGUUACUGAUGCACCAGCACCAGCACCAGCACCAGCACCAGCACCAGCACCAGCACCAGCACCAGGACCAGCACCAGCACCAGCACCAGCACCAGCACCAGCACCAGAGGAACCGACACCCGAGUUCACAUGCCAAAGUGUUGGACGAUUCCCAUAUCCAGACAGUUGUGAAAAGUAUUAUUUCUGCUGGGAUACCGUACACAGCUAUGCUGUAUUUACGUGUCCAAAAGUGUUUGAUCCAGUGUCUAUGCAUUGUGUUAACAAUUAUGCAGUGUGUCCAUUGGCACCAACCUGCGAAGCUGAUAAACAAGUGUUGCCGUUCCCCGAUGAUAAAACCGCAUUCUUCAUUUGCAAAUUGGAGAAAGAUAAAGAGGCAGUGACUGCUGUGUAUGAAAUCCGCAAAGAAGACUGCGAAGAAGGUCGUGAGUUUGAUGCCGAGCUGGGCUAUUGUCGAUUAAUCACAUCAACCGAUUGGACAUCAUCAGAAAGUGGUUCGUCUGAACGAUUUGAAUGCGACGGUGUUGGCACGUUUAUUGAUUACAGCAGCGAAACUCAUUACAUCGAAUGUGUGCUCAAGAGUGUCAGUAAGGGCUCAUUGAAAGCCAUACGACGCAAAUGCCCAAAACAUACCGUUUUCAGCGCGGUUGACAAACAAUGUAUCCCUCUUUAAAGAACAGCGAUGGAAGAGCAAAUACUGCCGAUUUUUUGCUAGAAUUGAAUGUAAUCCAUUUGUACUAACCAUUUUAGAGUAGCGUUUCAUUUCUUCUUUUAUUGAAUUAUUGUAGCUAUUGUUAUUUUAUUUAAAUUAAUCGUAAUAAAAAUUGAAGUUACAAUUGCA